AUGGAUCUGGUAUUGGAGACCGUGGACACCUUUGUGUUCGACAAAGUCUACAGUAAGCUGUUCCCAUACGAACUGAUCCACAAUGUCGGGUCAGAAUGGAUUAACAAGCUGGAUUUGCAAUCGUACGCUGCUGACAACUGUACCAUGCUUUCCGAGACCGUCAAGAUGGUCAACUCGCAACCACACGUCAAUAUGGACGUCUACGGGCACACUCCGUUCCUGUUCGACGUCACCGACUACACUUUCAAGUCGUUGCUGCCAAGGUACAACCUGAUUAGAGAGGCCUUCUCCCUGUGGAUCAUCGUCACAUUCUUCGGUUGGUUGCUGUACCUGUCCUUCGCUACGAUGUCGUACAUCUUCGUGUUCGACAGAACCAUUUUCAACCACCCAAGAUACUUGCAGAACCAGUUGCGGAUGGAAAUGAAGCUGGCCUUGAGUGCCAUCCCCUGGAUGUCUCUGCUAACGGUCCCAUGGUUUGUGCUGGAAUUGAACGGUCACUCGAAACUGUACUGGUCUGACCCAAAAAAGGACUGGACCAACAUCGUCAAAGAGAUCGCCUCGUUCAUUUUCUUCACAGACUGCGGUGUCUACUUGGCUCACAGAUGGCUGCAUUGGCCAAACGUCUACAGAAUCCUGCAUAAGCCUCACCACAAAUGGCUGGUCUGCACUCCAUUCGCAUCCCACGCUUUCAACCCUGUCGACGGCUACUUCCAAUCCCUACCUUACCACCUGUACCCAAUGAUCUUCCCCUUGCAGAAGGCGUCGUACCUGUGCCUGUUCACUUUCGUCAACUUCUGGACCAUCAUGAUCCACGACGGGAACCACAUGUACAACAACAAGAUCGUCAACGGUACAGCGUGCCACACUGUCCACCACUUGUACUUCUCGUACAACUUCGGUCAAUUCACCACCCUGUGGGAUAGACUAGGUGGCUCAUACAGAAGACCAGAGGAUGCCCUGUUCGACAAGAGCCCCAUCAAGGACGAGGCCGCCUUGAAGGAACAGUUGGAACAAGUCGAGUUGGAGAUGAAGCUGUUGGAAGGUGACAACGACGAGAGAGUAUAUAUCGAGAAGAAGAAGGCGUGA